AUGGCGAGACAAGCUUCUCUUAGUCGAGAUCUUCAGUCGGGUGCUUCUGGACCUCUUCUCGUGCAUUCUCUGUACGAAACACGAAGCUCGGUAUUGAGUCUAGCCACGAACGACACCUACAUAUUCUCCGGCAGUCAAAAUCGGGACAUUUCUGUUUGGGAUAAAUAUACCUUCAAAUUGAAACAGACCUUGCUAGGGCAUACUGGAAGCGUGCUAGCGCUAGAGUAUGCGGGGGAUAAGGAAUGGCUGUUCAGCUCGUCAGCUUGUCGUGAUGUCCAGAUUUGGUCGACCAUCACGCUUGAUCCCCUUUACGUUCUCGUGCCCUAUUUAGAAACGGGUGCCGGGGAUCUGUUUUCUCUCGCAUGGUCUUCGAUACUGCAAACAAUUUUCAUUGGGUGUCAGAAUACCUCUCUCCAAUGGCACACCUUUCACGAUCCUAUCUCUUGCUUUUUUGAUAGCUACCCACAACACGAGCGCAAGCCAGCUGACAUUUUCGCAAAUAAUGGCGUUGUUGGACGCGGCAGCCCAGAUUCGGAUCGCUAUUCAGAUGCGCUUGCUUCGCAGGCACAAGUCUUCAUAGAGGCGUCUAACGUGAUCGAUUCCGCACAUUACGGAUAUGUUUAUUGCAUGACAAUACUGGGUGCUGGCGAAAAUGUGCAGUUGGCCACAGGGAGCGGCGACGAAACUGUUAAGUUGUGGGAUUGUACUGUGGCAGGGCCUGUUUUUGUGCAUGAAUUCACUUGUAAUCAGGGCGCGGUUUUGGCACUCGUUGCGAAAGGCGACACAAUCUACGCAGGCUGUCAAGAUGGGCAUGUCAAGGUUUUUGAUCUUGAAACUAAGACGCUUGUCAGGACGAUUAUCGUUCAGGAGGGUAUUGACAUUAUAUCGAUGUCAAUGUUGAACUCGGACCUUUACACAUGCUCCGCCAACGGAUGGGCCCAGCGUUGGUCUGCAUCGUUUGACUGCACAGCAGCUUGGGACGCACAUGACGGCAUUGUCCUUUCGUCUACCAUUACUAAGAGAGGUAAAGCGGAGAACAGCGGUUUCCGUCUCAUUACGGGAGGCAAUGACGACCACAUCAAGGUGUGGGAUGUGACGUCCCCCAGAGCACGCGCUUCUUCAAUUGCCCUUACACGGGACGAGAGCACAACCUUUCAUACCCUAACAUAUGCGCUCUCAAAAUUUGUUUCCAUUCCCAGCGUAAGCUGCGACCCGUCACACAAGGAGGAUUGCAGGCAAGCAGCAAUAUGGCUUAAAAAGUGUUUGGUCCAGUUGGGUGCCCACUCUACGCUUCUACCAACAGGCGAGGGGAACAACCCUAUAGUACUGGGUACUUUUGAAGGUUCAGUCAGGGAACACCGAAAAACAAGAGUACUGUUUUAUGGCCACUACGACGUUAUCUCCGCUCCUCUGGAUGGAUGGCAUUCAGAUCCGUUUACAGUUUCGGGUCUCAAUGGCUAUUUAUACGGAAGAGGGGUCACCGACAACAAAGGACCCAUUAUGGCUGUUGCCUGUGCAGCUGCUGACCUCCUUUCUCGGCGGGCACUGGAAAUCGACCUGGUUCUCUUGAUUGAAGGCGAAGAGGAAUGUGGCAGUUCUGGAUUCGGUGAAACUGUUCGAAAACAUAAGAAUCUAAUUGGGGAUAUUGAUGCCAUUUUGGUCAGUAACUCGACAUGGAUUGCAGAGGACCGGCCGUGUAUCACGUACGGAUUGAGAGGCGUCGUGCAUUGUGCUCUUGAGAUAACAAGCAAUCUACCGGACCUUCACUCCGGCAUCGAAGGAGGAGCCGUUGCUGAGCCCAUGAUUGACAUGGUGAAGUUGUUAGCCACGCUCACAGACAACCAUCGUCAAGUUCAGAUACCAGGAUUUUAUGACCGUGUCCGACCUGAAACAGAGGAAGAGAAACAACUAUACAAGUUACUGUCUGAUGUCACGCAAAAACAAGCAUCUUCCUUUGUCGCUCGUUGGAGAGAGCCCUCGUUAACGGUUCACACGAUUGAGAUUUCUGGACCCAAGAACGCAACAGUGAUACCCGGAACUGUGAAGGCACAGGUCUCGCUGCGCAUAGUGCCGGAUCAAGAUCUGGAUACGAUUGUUGAAUCUCUUUGCGAUUACCUGUCAGCUUCAUUCGACCAGCUCCAUUCCACAAAUGCUCUACGGGUUAAUGUCGAACACACAGCCGACUGGUGGCUUGGACGUCUCGACGAUCCGUGGUUCAAGGCACUCGAAAGUGCCGUUCAAGAGGAGUGGGGAUCCGAGCCCUUGCGAAUUCGGGAAGGAGGAUCCAUCCCUUCCGUUCCUUACCUCGAAAAGGAGUUUGGGUGUCACGCUUUGCAUCUUCCUAUGGGGCAGAGUUCGGAUCAAGCUCACCUACCCAACGAACGCAUUUCGCUGGCUAAUCUACAGAAAGGUAAAGCGGUGAUAGAGCAGUUUAUUCUCAAGGUAGCUGCAUAGAAGUUCCAUCUCUUUCGUGCCAUGACUGUUGUCCUUCAUUGCUUUCGACGUUUUCAUACCCUUUUGUAAUUUUUUGUACGCAUACCGAAUUGUAUUUCAUCUCUUGUUC